CUCCGUACACCCAUGGAAAGCAUUGUCCUAGCUCAGUGACGAUGGAUCAUAGUCCACUUAUCUUCACUCGGGUUCAUGAUAACGGUAUCGCAUUCGUCAGUCUCGAGGAGGCUCUGAAGACAGCCCCGCGAUUCGCAGCCCAGGUCCGACCAGAAGCCGUGAAAGAUGAGCUAGAUCGAUUCAGGAUAUGGGCUGGCAAUGUUGCUGCACAUCGCAAAGGCCAGCGAUCGCUCGAGUAUCGGCUUCGCGAUGCUGCACACCUCAAGACGGAGACUCACAAUCUCUUGACCGCCUUGCAAGCGUCUCUUAAAAAUGCGAACGGCCCUUGCAAUUGUCACGGAACAAAAAGUACCGUGGGACGAGCUAUCCGACUCGGACAGCGAUUCCGAAUUUGAUACCGAGAGUACAAGGGAGGACGGUGAUCAAAACGACACGGAACUGAAACAGCUUCUAGCGAGUGUCAAAAACUCUAUUACAUGUCUCUUCAGACUAUCCAUGAGUGUCAGAGACCCGGCGCCUAAUAACCAGUCUCGGUCUACAAUCACUGUGGACAAGUCAUACUUUGUAGAGCAUGACAUAUUACACGCGAGGGAAAAGUUCCCCGAAUGCGAACCGUAUCUAGCCGAGAGACUGGGGCGCGCACUUUCCGGACGACGACAGUAUCUGAGCUAUCGUGAGGCACACCAUCAGAAGCUUGCUAAGAAUAUGGAAAUGAUUGGAUUUGAAGAGCCCCGAACGGAACACACGACCAACAGCACUGAGGCAACCCCCAUUCCUAUAGCUCGAACCAACAGUCUCAAUGUUUUUGACGGUGAUGACGCACUUUCACAAACCUCAUACGCCACGUCAGUGAAUGCGGCCAUUCGAGUACCGCCAUUACCGAAAGAGGCUCGUGAGGAAGAGCAUUUUGAAUGCCCUCUUUGUUUCAUGAUACUGUCUAUCCAUACGAAGUUAGGCUGGAAGCAACACGUGUAUCGAGACCUUCACCCUUACUGCUGUACAUUUGAGCAUUGCACUACUGCAGAUCGGCUCUACGAUUCCCGCCAUACUUGGUUUACACAUGAACUCAAAGCUCAUAGAACUUCGUGGCAGUGUGUUGAAGGCUGCGAUAAGAUAUUCUCCACAGAAGAAGAUUUCGAGAACCACGUCCAAAGGUCUCAUUCCGACCUCUCUGCGCCAAAGAUGCUAUCCGUAUUGAAGCGGACAGCGGCACGGACCGCAAACCUUACUAAUCAGGCUGAUUGUCCACUAUGUGAUAAGCGGAUGACUCUGAAAGCUUUGCAAAAGCACCUUGGCCGUCACCACGAAGAACUGGCCUUAUUUGCCUUACCGCCGAACCUAGACGCCACCGAAGAAGAACCUCAAGAUGACGAGGAAGAAUCUCUAAAUGUGAAUCGAUGGCAAGAUGAAGACCUUUCUGACAUCAGUGAUACAUUCGAUGAUAGUGACCCCGACGAUGAACCAAGGUACUGCCUAUGCAACAAUGUCAGCUAUGGCAAUAUGAUCGCUUGUGGUAACAGCAGCUGCGAGAAGGAAUGGUUCCACCUAGGCUGCGUCGGUAUAACAUCACAAGAAAUCCCUACCGGCAAUGGGAAAUGGUACUGCCCUAUCUGUCGUGAAAAGCAGAAGGACGCGGCUUCUGGGGGGGAUCUACA